AUGCUAGCACCAUCACCUACUCCCCAAGUUUCACCUCUGCCUGUGCCAGUACCUUCACCAAUCUAUCAAACUGUACAGCCUCCAUCCGGCCCUUCACAACAACAAUACAGUGUCCUGGUCGCGAGGCCACCUGUGCUGCAUGGCUCGUUUGUCCAGGGUCCAUACGGGCCUUUGGUAGUGUCCCCCACCAUGGUACCUUUUCAAGGCUGGAGCUCUUAUCAUCAGGCUCAGGCUGCAAGUCCUGUGCUUCCUACGAGUACUCCGUUGAGCAUUGCUUCGCCACAUAUUUAUGGGAUAACUCAGCUACCUUCACCGACUACUGCCUUUACUGGACUUUUUCAACCUUCUGGUUCCUCAACUGGUCCUUCAGGCAGUAGUCAGAAGGAACAGUCAUUACCCGAAAGGCCUGAUCAGCAGGAAUGUCAUUGUUGUACCCCAAAAUUUGCCCUCCCAUAUCCUUCAAAAUUUCAAAAUUCCCCAAGGGUUGCACAAUUCAAGGGCCUCCUAAACAGUCAAAAUUAG